UUGUUUAUGAACAGUUUUUCCGCUAUGUUUGAUAAUAAAGUUGUUAUUCAUUUUGGCAAAAAGUUCAUAUGUUCUGGUUCAUUAGUUGACAAUCUAUAUAUUCUAGAAUCUAAGUCAUCUCCACUGCAACAGAAACAAUUACUUAAUUCAUCAUCUAAUCUGAAUAAGAGAAAUGAACCUUCUAAAAUGAACGAAACAUAUCUUUGGCAUCUAAGAAUUGGUCAUAUUAACCUUAGGAGGAUUCAAAGGUUGGUAGCAGACAGGCCCUUGGGGUCGUUAAAAGUCGAGGCUUUUCCAACUUGUGAGUCUUGCCUGGAAGGUAAAAUAACUAAGAGGGUUUUUAGUUCAAAGGGGCAUAGAGCCGAAGAUGUGUUAGGGCUAGUUCAUUCUGAUCUAUGUGGUCCUAUGAGUAUUCAAGAGAGAGGUGGUUUCGAGUACUUUGUUACGUUUAACAAUGAUUACUCGAGAUAUGGGUACAUUUUUCUUCUGCACCGCAAGUCUGAAUGCUUUGAGAAAUUCUUGGAGUAUAAGGUAGUUGUGGAGAAGCAGUUAGGAAAAAGUAUCAAGUCAUUACGAUCAGAUC